GUCCAAAGCACCAAACGAUUCCAACCAGCAGGAAUUGGCGGGAACAAUGGCUUCCCCUUCGCCGCAGCGCAAGAAGCUCCGCAUCCUUCUCAUCCCCUUCUUCGCCACCAGCCACAUCGGCCCCUUCACCGACCUCGCCUUCCACCUCGCCGCGGCCCGCCGGGGCGUCGUCGAGGCCACCGUCGCCGUCACCCCGGCGAACGUCCCGGUCGUCCGGUCAGCGCUCGCGCGGCGGCGCGGCCAUGCCGCGGUCGAAGUCGCGACGUACGCAUUCCCGCCCGUGGACGGCCUUCCACCGGGGGUGGAGAACCACUCUGCCGCCAGGGCCGCGGACGCGUGGCGCAUCGACGCCGCCGCCUUUGACGAGCGGCUGAUGCGGCCGGGGCAGGAGAGCCUCAUCAGGGACCGCUUGCCCGACGCGGUCGUCUCCGACGUGCAUUUCUUCUGGAACGCCGACGUCGCUGCCGGUCUCGGCGUGCCGUGCAUCAUGUUCCACGCCAUAGGGGCGUUCGCGAUGCUGGCCAUCUUCAAUUUGCUAGGUGCUCCCGCGGCGGAGGCCGCCGGCGGCGGCGUGGUGGCUCUUCCCGGGCUUUCGGGCCCGGACAUACGGGUCCCGGUUACUGAGCUGCCUGAGUUGGUGAGGAGCCAGCGACCGGACGGGCGCGCCACGGGAGCCCGGGUAAGUUCAGCGCACAAGAGAUGCUUUGGACUAGUCGUGAACACUUUCUUCGAUUUGGAGGAUAGGUACUGCGACAUGUACGUGCGCUAUGGGUACGUGAAGCGCGCCUACUUCGUCGGGCCCCUGUCGCUGCCGCCACCGCCGCAGCUGGCCGCCGGCGACGACGGCUCACGGUGCAUCGACUGGUUGGACAGGAAGCCCGCCCGGUCGGUCGUGUACCUGUGCUUCGGCAGCUUGACUCACGUAUCCGAGCCUCAGCUCCGCGAGCUCGCCCUCGGGUUGGAAGCCUCCGGGAUGCCGUUCCUGUGGGUGGUCAGGUCGGAGGCGUGGGCGCCGCCGGAAGGGUGGAAGGAGCGCGUCGGGGAUAGGGGGAUGCUCGUCACGGGGUGGGCCCCACAGAGGGCGAUCCUCGCGCACCCGGCGGUGGGGGCGUUCGUGACGCACUGCGGGUGGAACUCGGUCCUGGAGACCGUCGUGGCCGGCGUGCCGGUGCUGACGUGGCCGAUGGUGUUCGAGCAGUUCAUCACCGAGAGGUUCGUGACGGAGGUGCUGGAGAUCGGCGAGCGGCUGUGGCCGGAGGGUGCCGGGGUGAGGAGCACCAGGUCCGAAGAGCACGAGUUGAUCCCGGGCGAAGCAGUGGCGCGAGCGGUGGCCAGGUUCAUGGAGCCCGGAGGGGCAGGGGACGCCGCGAGGAGCAGGGUCAAUGAACUCUCCGCGAAGGCUCUCGCGGCCAUGGCGGAAGGUGGGUCCUCGCACUGCGACCUGCGCCGCCUGAUUGAUGAUCUCAUCGAAGAAAGAACUGCUGGCGCAGGGACGACGCCAUUGCUGCUAGUCUGAUACUCAGAUUUGAGCGCAUGAAGCGUGUCUCAUGUAUCUAUCUGUUUUCGGUUUUAACCAUGGCAUUCAGGUUCAUCCUCGUGCUACUACCAGCACUGGUUUAAACAGCUCUCGCGUCUUCCUUUUCUUUUUAGACAAUGUAAUGUAAUGGCACGAAAAAAAUAUGCAGCAGUAAACAGUUCUUUAAAAUGA